CUCCAUCACCUAGCACCACCCAAUUCCAUUCCCUUCCCUACAAUGGACACACAUCAUUACGUAGCAGCCAUGGUGAUCAUUUUAGUGACCAUGGUGAUCACAACACUAACGACACUUCGUCGUCAAAGGCUGAAAUUGCCACCGGGGCCAGCCGGUUGGCCAAUACUAGGAAACCUAAUGCAAUUAAGCUCUCUCCCUCACAGAGACAUGGCGGCCCUCUGCAACAAAUACGGCCCUCUAGUUUACCUCCGCCUAGGCAGCAUAGACGCCAUAACAACAGACGAUCCAGAAAUAAUAAAAGAAAUCCUGGUGAAGCAAGACGACGCCUUCGCCUCUAGGCCCGCCACGGUGGCGGCGGCCCACCUGGCCUACGGCAGCCGUGACGUGGCAUUCGCUCCGCUGGGCCCACACUGGAAACAAAUGCGGCGCAUCUGCAUGGAGCACCUCCUCACCACCCGCCGCCUCGAAUCCUUCGUCGACCACCGCCGCGAGGAGGCGGCUUGCAUGGUGCGCUACGUGAUGGACUCUUAUGCCAAAAACGGCGACCACGUCUUCAACCUCCGCCAGGUGCUCGGCGCCUUCUCAAUGAACAACGUCACGAGAAUGCUGCUCGGGAAACGCUACUUCGGCGGCGAUGCCGCCGAGGCGGCGGACUUCAUGGACAUAACGCACGAGCUCUUCUGGCUGCUGGGAAUUCUUUAUCUCGGCGACUACGUGCCUUUCUGGAGAUGGAUCGAUCCGCAAGCAUACGAGAAAAGGAUGCGCCGCCUUGAGCGUCGCAUGGACGCAUUCCACAGCCGCAUCCUCCACCAACACCGCGCCGCCGCCGCCGCCGCAGACACUUCACCGGACUUCAUCCACGUCCUGCUGUCUUUACCGGGCCUAGACGGUAACCCCCACCUGGACGACGUGGAAAUCAAGGCGCUGGUUCAGGACAUGAUUGCGGCGGCGACCGACACGUCAUCGGUGACGAACGAGUGGGCGAUGGCGGAAGUGAUAAAGCAGCCUCGCAUACAGAGGAAAAUUCAGGAGGAGCUUGAUAGAGUAGUGGGGCGUGAGAGGAUGGUGGAGGAAUCUGAUCUGGGUGAGCUUCAAUACCUGCGUUGCGUGGUCCGUGAGACUUUCAGAAUGCACCCAGCGGGGCCUUUUCUCAUUCCUCACCAAUCUGUCAUGGAUACCACUCUUGGGGGCUUCCAUAUUCCUGCUAACACAAGGGUGUUCAUUAAUACCUAUGGUCUUGGACGGAAUACUAAGAUUUGGGAGAGGGUGGAGGAGUUUUUGCCUGAGCGCCAUAUGACCAGCUCUAGGGUGGAGAUUAGUCAUGGCACGGAUUUCAAGAUUCUGCCUUUUAGUGCAGGGAAGAGGAAGUGCCCUGGGGCUCCACUUGGGGUGUGUUUUGUUUUGCUUGCCCUUGCUAGACUCUUCCAUGCCUUCCAUUGGUCUGCUCCUCCUGGGGAUGAUAUUGAUACCACUGAGGUCUAUGGUAUAACCAUGCCUAAGGUUUGUCCUCUUCUUGCCAUCCCCACUCCUCGUUUACCCCCUCAUUUAUAUACCUAGGUAAGGUUAUAGCUUUGAGAGGGUUGGGUUCUUUAUGGAUUAGUGGGUUUUUAGUCUAGUGUUUUUGGGAUUUUUUGUCUUCACUAUUUCAUAACUUUUUAUUUUUUAAGUAUUUUGGGGUUGGUCUAAUAGUAGAGAGUUUGUAUUUCUGAAAUAGAGGUCAUGUAUUCAAAUUGUGGAGGGUAGGGUAUGUAUACUUCUUUGUAAAAGAGUAAGGUACCUUUUGCAUGAAGUACAAGAGAAAUAGAAGAUAAUUUCAUAUACAAUAAGUCAUCUAUAUACUAAAAUAAGAUCACUUGAUAUUGUGGACUAUAAAAGAAUCUAUUUUCAUUUUUAUUCUUCA